AUGACUCAAAUCGGAUUUGGCAAACAUCUUUGGGAUCUUCAACACGGCCAGCUCAAAGAAAAUCUACGGCUCUUCUAUAUCGCGUCUACCACAUACGUAAUCGUUCUUGGAAUGAUCAAGGUCUCCAUCGUCAUGUUCUACCUCCAAAUCUUCCCAUAUCGGUCAUUUAGGAUCCUUUCGUACUCCCUCAUGGCAUAUAUCGUGUCUUCAAACUUGGGAAUAUUCCUUGCAACAGUAUUUUCGUGUUGGCCUGUGCCUCGUUUCUGGAACCGCGACGUCCCUGGUACAUGCCUUGACGUCAACGCCUUAGCCUUCGCCAACAGCGGGAACGCAAUUGUUCAGGACUUUCUCCUCCUCAUUUUUCCAAUGCUCUACAUCGGAAGACUAAAUAUUCCAAAUCGACGUAAAGUGGUAGUCGGCAUCAUGUUUGCCGUGGGUACCUUAGGUUUCAUUGCAACCAUUGUCCGACUGAAGUUCCUGCUGGACUUCAAGAUCUCGAUUGACCCUACUUGGGAUUAUGUGGAGGUUACGAUAUGGACAACGAUUGAGCUUGCCAGUGGCUUUGCUUCUGUGUGCUUGCCGUCGAUCCGGCAACUUGUUGUCAUGUUCCUCCCAGAAGAUUGGUUCACACGUUUCAAUGUAGGUAGUUAUCGGAUCUCACGAGAAGAAGACACGAGGGAGAGUGCGAGUAAGGCCUGA